GACAUGACCGUGUGUGUAUUUUAACAGCGUAUGGUACGAAGACGUAUAACGUUAAACGAAUGUAAUCGCCAUUUCAGGUGACUCGGUAGUCAUGUGUUAGGUUUAGGCCUACGGGAAAUAUUGGAACUGCUUUUACCUCACUUUAUAUGUCAAGUGUCUUAGCCUGGAACUGCACUUCCGCGUUGUGUUGUCGGAGAUACUUUACAGGCGAUUAUAAAGGGUGACACUGUAACGAACAUAGACCCACUACUACUACACGUAGGUAUAUCGAGGUCGAUACGGAUUGAACAUUGGCUGGGUCUGUCCCAGGCAUGAAGAGGAAAGCUAAAACUAUGGGUGCCACUCAAAGUCACAACGCGUCUUCAGCUGCAGGACCGUCGGCCUCGCAGUCACAGGACACACAUCUGUUCCCUCUUCCUCUGGAGAUCCUGGAGGAGAUCUUCCUGAAUCUUCCCCCCCAUCAGGUGGUUAAAAAUUGUCGGUUAGUGUGCCACCAGUGGGAAGAAGUAGCUGACAGUGAAUCUCUGUGGAGAGAGAGAUGUAAUAGAGAAGGAUUUCGCCCUCGCGAUGGUUCCAAAAAGCCCAAAGACUGGAGGUUGUUUUACUUCUUGACCAGGAAGAGAAGAAAUCUCCUCAAGAAUCCAAGAGGAGAACAUGGAAUGAAGAACUGGCAGAUACUAGAGAAUGGUGGUGAUAAUUGGAAAGCAGAACAAGUUCUAGAGCCCCAUCCAAAUGAGACGGUCCAGAAAAACUUUGUGACCUCUUAUGGAAUGUGCAAGAAGUCGCAGCUGAUUAAUUUGGAGAAAGAAAAUUAUAACCCAUCGCUCAUGGAUCAGUUCCAACCAGACAUCAAAAUCUCUGAUUGGUAUGCACCUCGAUGGGAUUGUGGCUGUCAAUAUGAGAUCUGUGUGGAGUUGCUGAAUCAAAGAAAGGAGCCUAUCAGGAAGUUUGCUCCUGAGACUGUUUACUUUGAGCAGUGGAACGAUCAGAAAUGGAAUCAGAUGACCUAUGUAUUCCAGAACUAUGGACCAGGAGUCAGAUACAUCCGUUUUAUCCACGGGGGCAAGGACACACAGUUCUGGGCAGGAUGGUAUGGAAUUCGUGUUACCGACAGCUGCGUUGAGAUAUGUCCACCGGGGGACACAUAGCGCUAAGGGAUUCAUGUGAUGCCUGCUUCCUGCCUUUGCCUAAAAUUGCACCUUCUUUUUUAUUGGUAAUUGCGCCACCUUUUUUCCCCUAAUAUAACGUGCAGUCAUUUUACAUGUUGAAGGAACGUGUCAUGAAAGUCAUUUUCAAAACACACCCAAUGCAGCACGUUAAGAAGGAAUACAUGUAGAUUUAUAGUAGGUAAGGUUCAUGAGUAGUGCUGUUGAGCAGAACUGAAAAUGUAACAUUUGUCUUCUAAAUUAUGCAAAUCUUAUUUAAAAUAUAAAAUCACUCCAAGAGACCAUGUGAAAUAGCUAAAAUAAAUAUAACUUAAACGUAAAUAUUAUCAUUACCUUUCAUUGCAUGUGGGUUAUACUUGUAAAAACUAGGUUCACGUUUAUUAUCCUGCCUCGUACACAUCUCUCUGCAGUGAGGGCUUGAGUCCUUAUGGUCCCUGACAACGUAGUUCGUUACUUUGAAAACAGCCAUAUUACAUGUUAUAUUAAUCUGUUUCAGUCGUCUUCAGUAGUUCAACAUGCGUAAUACUGAAUGUGAAACACAUACUGGGUCUAAAUGAAACUGUUUUCUGUGAAGUGUUUUUGUAUGACUAACUAGUCAUGGAAGGUGUUAGGAUAAGAUGCCAUAUAAAGUAUCAGGGCAGCUUUGCAGAACAGAAUCAACUAUCUGGCUCUGAAGUUUACGU